AUGCUCAUCGGCUAUGCUCGCGCCACCCGCAUCACGCCGCGCGACCUCUACCAUCUAUUCGACAUCCGCAACCCGAUUAUUAUUGCGCGGAUGGAGUGGGCAAGCCCGGCCUUUAAUCUCAACGUGGCCCCUCCGGCCGAGCGCACCGCGGGCGCAACACCGAAGCCCGACACCCAGCGUCCGCGCGGCCGAGUGCUGCCUGGCUUGAUGACCCAGCCGUCCCGCCGUCAGCAGCUGCUGGACGCCGGUGUUGGCGCCGUGAUGGGCGGAUAUGUUGACGCGGCGGAAUGGAUGCGCCAAGCGGCCAUCGAUGGCGCAUCUUCAGCGUUCCCCAGCAAUGUAGUAGUGCCAUCUCCUCCUUUCCUCGUAUGUCCUAGACCACCGUCGUCGCAUAUCUCAGUCGCUUCACCGAUGGAAGCCGGCGCGGCAGCGGCACCGGCUGCGGCUGGAGGGAGCGGGUCUGCGGAACCAACAGGGCCCCUUGGCUCAGCGCAUGCGGCGGCGUUGGCGGCGAGCCGCGUGACGAAAUCUCGCGCUCGCAAGCUACGGAUGAUCGCGCACGCGGCGAAAACCUCGCAGAAAACGCCAAACGGGCCGUCGGGCGGCGGAGAAGACGACGAGGACGUGGACAACCCGUUUGCGGACAUGCUUAGACGCAGCACGAGAGCCCGAGGUAGCAGCAGCAGCGCAAGUGUGCAGAGCCGCGACGACUUAGCUGGAAGUUCCAGCGCGCGGGAGUUGGGAUCUGGUGGUAGCAUCGGCGGAAGCCACGCGCAACUAGCGGAGGUCCACUCAUCGGCAGUUCCGCCGACUGUUCCGGCCGGACAAAACGCGGCUGACGCAGCAACUGUUCCGGCGGUUUCAAACGGUAUCGCUGAAGCCGAUGAAAAGGAACCCCAGCAGCAGCAGCAGCAGCCGCAGCAGCAGCUGCGUGAUGUCGAAACUGCUAGGAACGAGGAUGCGAAGCCGGGUCUGGCGUUAAAUGUAUCUUGUGAACGUGACGAAAAGUCCCGUAGUUGCCACGCGGGGGAAAGUGCGCACGCGAACCCCUCCUCCGCGUGGGCAUUUGCGCCGGCGACGGCGGCGGUGGGGACCACCGGUGUGGAGUCACCGGCGCGGGAGCAAGCUGGCUCCGGUGAUUCGUCUGCCGCGUCGACGCCGCGCAGGCAGGGUCGGAGCAGCCGACGUGUCCUCCACGUCGGAGCAUCGCAGCGCCGAGCGCUGCUUCGCUGUCGCGCGGCGGAGAGGCGACUCAACGGCGACUCGGGCGACGGCGUCGCAGGAGGAGGCGACGUGUUGGAGCGAAGCCAGACGUUGGACUACUCGCGGCUGCGGCCCCGCAGCGACAUGCGCGACUCGCUGGAUUCCUUCGCGGGCGAGGCGUACGCCGCAAGCGUCGGGAUUCUGGAGGAAGGUAUUUUCGACUCGUUCGAGGAUCUGCGGUCGGAAGAUGGAGGUGAAAGUGUCGGGAGAGGCGGGGGAGGCGGAAGCGGCUCGGGUAGGUGGCUUCCGCCGUAUUUCAGGACCGCAGAGAAGCAGCAGCAGCAGCAGCACCAGCAGCAGGGGGAGCAGGUGGAGCAGGAUGAGCGGGAGGAGCGGGAGCAGCAGCAACGGCGGCGGCGGAGCUUGAGCUGGAAAGAGAAGACAGAUAAUGGAGACGAGUUGACGGACUAUCCGCGAAGCGGCAGCUAUGGCGAGAGCGUGUGCGAGUCGGACGUGCAGAGCGUAGACGACGGCGAGUUCAGUAUAGACGGCGAUAACGAGUCGUUAGGCGGAGAAAGGAAAACGCGCGUCCGCUUUAGAAGGAUCACCAACAGCAGGAGCCUGAAAGCGCUCUCCGGCCGCGACGCGGAAUCUGACUGUAACGGCGACGCCGCCGGCGGCGGCGGCAGUGGUCCUAGAUCCGCGGCAACGGCCACCAGCCCGUCGGACGCGCAGUACGCGCAUUUCACGGCGGCUUUGCCGCCGCUAUGCGCGUCCCCGCUAAGGACGUACAGCUCGCGGCGGCGCACUAUGGAGCUCGCGCUAAUCUCCCCCACCGCCGUCGCCAACAGGCGCAACAACUCCGCCUCUUCCCCCUCCGCUUCCCCCUACCAUGCGCGUUCCGCGGGCCUCUCGCCUUCCUCCGCGAACGCUUCCGCGGGCUUCGGCAAUGGUUCUGCUUCGGGGAUAAGUCCCCCCGCCGGCAGCGCUUCUGUUGCGCCCUCUGGUCCUGCCGCCGCGGCCGGCGCUACCGCCGCGUCCGGGGAGCGUAGGGCGGCUCGGCAAUGGACGGGGCCUCGAGCCGCGAGCCCUGACGUGCCGCCACCUGGCGGCGUGGUAGUGGUCAGAGAAAGGUCCUUCACUCGAUCGCUCACGCUAGGAAGCAAUCCCAGCGCGAGCCAGCAUAGCCAGCAGCGGCAGCAGCAGCGGGACGUGCGGAGAAGCUAUGGCGGUAGUUUCAAGGACCGCGUGGGCGCGCUUGAGGGGGACGGGGAGAUGAUGGGGGGUGGGGGAUGGGGCGCCUCUCGCGAGCCCACGCCCGUGCACAGCAGCAGCAGCAGCAGGAACCAGGGCGGGAUGAAUGCGGGGAAUGUGGAGACUGGCGGGGAGACAGUGGGCAAUGGGGGAGGGUUGGUGGUUGCGCCACAGUGCGCCGUGUGCUGUGGUGCUCGUGGUGGCGCUUCUGGUGCUGGUAGGGCCGGCGGCAGUGGCCGCCGUGGGAGCUGCAGCGGAUGUGACUGUUGCAGUGGUGCUGUUAGCGGGGCGGACGCUGGGGAGGGCUCGGAGGGGCCGGGCAGAGGGAGCAGAGGUGCGGGCGGAGCAGGGGGAGGGGGGAGCAGGGGGAGCAGCGGCGGCGGAAGCCGGUGGGGCUCGCCACAAGACUGGGCAUCAGCAGCAGCGGCAGUGGCGGGAGGAGCGCCAGGCGCAGCAGGCGGGGCAGGCGGGGCAGGCGGAACAGCAGGCGCGGCAGGAGGUGCGAUGGGCAUGGGAGGCGGAGCUCCCAAGGUGAUGGUAUCCAUUCUGCCGAGCUUCGCCCAGCACCGGGCCAUGGUGGCUCAGGCGGAGCAGCAGGAGAAGGCGCUGCUGCUGGGGGACCUAGCAGGCAAGCUGGGGCGCAGGCGGAGGGGAGGUGCGGGAGGGGGAGGGGGUGCGCGGGUGCUAGUGGUUACUCACGCCGACGGUGAUGGGGAGGAGGGGAGUGAGACGGAACCGCUGGGGAAAACGGGCAGUGAGGGGAGCUUUGUGGACGAGAGGGGAGGGGAGGGGGAUGGUGUGGAGGGAGGAGAGCGGGGUGACAAUGGGCAGAUGUGCAGUGAGCAAGUAGGACACGCAGGGCAGGAGAAUCAGAUGGAACAGGAGGGGCAUGUGGAUUGUGUAAGGCAAGGGGCAGGUGAAGGGGCAGCUGAAGGGGUAGCUGAUGCACCAGCAGGGCAGUCAGUGGAUGGGCGCUUCCAGAGUGUUGCCUCCUCUACCUUUUCCGAGUCUCCUCUUUCUGAUGGUCGUGAAACUUUAGGUGGCGAUGCUAGUAGUGGUGAUGGUGGUGAUUCUGCAAUUAGUGGUGACGUUGACUACUCAGCUAUCAGUGCUGGUGGGGUUGAGGCUCACGAGCAAAAGCAGCAGCAGCAGCAACAGCCGCCGCCUCUUGAUGGCUUUGCUGGGACGGGCAAGGCUCAGCAGCAGCAGCAGCUCUGGGAGGACCCUGUGUGCAUCGCUCCCAUGUACUCGGUUCGUGCGGAAACAUAG